AUGGCCUCGGCCGCCUCUGUGAGUAGCCUGGCAGACGAGGUCAACUGCCCCAUCUGCCAAGGCACCCUGAGGGAACCGGUCACCAUCGACUGUGGCCACAACUUCUGCCACAGCUGCCUCAUCCGCUACCUUGAGAUCCCUGCCCCAGAGGCUGACGAGCCCACCACCUGCCCACUCUGCAAGGAGCCUUUCCGCCCAGGGAGCUUCCGACCCAACUGGCAGCUGGCCAGCGUGGUGGAGAACAUCGAGCGCCUCAAGCUGGUGUCCAUGCCAGGCUCCGAAGAGGAGGACGUCUGCCAGGAGCACGGGGAGAAAUUCUACUUCUUCUGCGAGGAUGAUGAGAUGCAGCUGUGCGUGGUGUGCCGGGAGGCGUGGGAGCACCGAGGCCACACCGUGCGCUUCCUGGAGGAUGCAGCAGAUCCCUACCGGAAACAGAUACAGAAGUGUCUUGAGAGUCUAAGAAAAGAGAGAGAGGAGAUUCAACGAAUCCAGUCAAGGGAAAAUGAAAGAAUACAAGUCCUCCUGACUCAGGUGGCCACCAAGAGACAAAAAGUGAUUUCCGAGUUUGCACAUCUGAGCCAGUUCCUGGAGGAACAGCAGAACAUUCUCUUGGCCCAGCUGGAGACGCUGGAUGAGGACAUCUUGAAGCAACGGGAUGAGUUUGACAUCCUGAUCACCGGGGAGAUCUGCCGGUUUAGCACUCUGAUCACAGAACUGGAGGAAAAGAAAGAGAGGCCGGCAAGGGAGCUCCUGACGGAUAUCAGAAGCACUCUAAUAAGGUGUGAAACCAGAAAGUGCCGGAAACCAGAGGCUGUGUCCCCUGAGCUGGGCCAGAGGAUUCGGGACUUCCCCCAGCAGGCCCUUCCGCUGCAGAGGGAGAUGAAGGUGUUUCUGGAAAAACUCUGCUUUGAGUUGGACUAUGAGCCAGCUCACAUCUCUCUAGACCCCCAGACUUCCCACCCCAAGCUCCUCUUAUCUGAGGACCACAAGCAGGCUCGGUUUUCCUACAAAUGGCAGAACUCGCCAGACAACCCCCAGCGUUUUGACCGUGCCACCUGUGUCCUGGCCCACAAUGGCUUUACAAGGGGGAGACACACGUGGGUGGUGAGUGUAGAUUUGGUCCAUGGAGGCAGCUGCACCGUGGGCGUCGUCAGCGAGGACAUACAGCGGAAGGGAGAGCUUCGGCUGCGGCCAGAGGAGGGGGUGUGGGCCCUGAGACUGGCGUGGGGCUUUGUCUCAGCCCUGGGAUCCUUCCCCACACGGCUGGCCUUGGACGAUCAGCCCCAGAAGGUGCGAGUGUCUAUCGACUAUGAGGUGGGCUGGGUGAUGUUUGUCAACGAUGUCACCCACAAGCCCAUUUAUACUUUCACUGCCUCCUUCACCCAGAAGGUCUUUCCCUUCUUUGGGCUCUGGGGCCGAGGGUCUCGUUUCUCCCUGAGCUCCUGA